AUGGCAUUGAUUGUUAUCUUUCUGUGUGUGUGUGUGUAUUCAGGCUCUCCUGGAGUGCGUACGGUUGCGGGCAUUUGGCAAGUUUGGUCUCUAGCAGAUGCAGGUGGACUGUCAUUACCUGCAGGUGUAUCUGUGGAAGUUUGUAUCAGAUGAGCAGCUGGUGAGGAUGCUCCUGGAGCAGGUGAUGGCCAGCACCAUCGAGCGCUGCGUUGAACAUACCCUCAUGGAACAAAGUGUGGUUGAGCUGAUAGCUAGCUAUACAUGUACGUGAGAGAAACUUUGUGAAUAUCCAUGUAUAGUGAAAUUGUUGCCAUGUGGACAUUCUGUUUAUUCACUAUAAUUAUGAAUGUGAAGUGUAAUCCUACACCAACAGCUGGGUUCUAUAGGGGAAACAAAUUUGGCCAUGUGCCAAAGUAUCAUAAAAUACAAACACACAUCAACUGUCUUACUCGUACAUAUAAUAAUGUGCAUGCAUGCGUUGUCAUGAUUACCAGCUAGUAGAUCACCCCACUCUUAUUACUGAUUACAACACGCAUAUAAUUAUAUAGUAUUAGAAUGCGUUAUUGUGUACACGAACUGCAACCUCUCAGCAAAAUGUCUGGGCUGAUCUAAAACAGUUACUGUAUAGCUAACCAUUGCAUGGAGAAUGGAAUCUGACCAGGCCAUAGCCAAACUGAUAAAAAGGAACAAGGAACUGACCAAAGAGAUUGAUAAACUGAGACAGCAAGUGCAGUCAAAAACAUAUCAAAUAGAAGUACUUCAACACAAGCUUCAUGUCAAGGAAGUGUUACUGAGAGAAUCAGAUAUUUCGAAAAAUGAUGCAAAAGAUAUUCUUGAAGAUAUGAAAGUGGAAAUGGAGCGGUUUGGAAAAAGGAUUAUGAAACAACUUUUUAAAUUGAAAGAUCCACCACUAAACGAAGUUAUUGUUCCGAUGAAGAGGGCUGAAAGUUUAGAGAGCGUCAGUGUUGUGCCAAAUUCAACUUCAGGGGACUCAAGAUCUGAGUGCAGUGAUCAGGAAGAGACUAUUCCUAUGGAGAUAAGAAUCGACUGGCGAUAUCAAUACGAACACAAAGAUUCAGACAUUGAAAGCGAUCAAGCUUCUUCAAUACAAAGUGUACAGACCAUUGUAAGCAAGGACAACCUAGAUGGGACACUGCAGGAUACAGCCACGAGUACGAGUAAACACAGUAAUGAAGAUAUCCCCACUAUAAAAGUUGAACCUCUACAUGUACAGCCAACUAUAAAUUGGACCACCCAAACUUGUGACAAAAUAAGUGACGAACUGACAACCCAAUCAGAAACUAAUAGCAGCGACGAACUGGCAACCCAAUCAGACACUAAUAGCAGUGCUCUCUUUACACGACCAGUGCCGGUACAAAGCCCAUCUGGAAGUGAGCUAAGUGAUGCUGAGGCGGUGAAAUCUAAGUCAUCACGUCACACCAAGGAGCUAGUUGCACCCACACAACGUAAACAAAGAUCAGCUGAAUUGAAGGAGCCCUCUACUUCAGCCGGUUAUGAAACGAAAGAAAACCUAUAGCUACUCAACCUGAUGAAUUCUAAAGUAUGGAUCGAUCUCUCAAAUGAUUAUUACCCAUACUUUAGCUUAGCGACACAGUGUAGUGUGUGUAUAUUAGUUCUGAAUUACGUCAAGUGGUUUUUAACAAUAAUCUUUUUGUUUACACAGUUGCAAUACAAACAUAAAAAUGUUCAAAAUAAUU